AAGGCAAGGCUCAUAUUCUAUAUAAAAUGCCAGCUGGCCAGAGAUUUCUCACCAGACCCAGAAGACCAGACAACUCAAACGUUUCUUCACUUCAGGUCCAGCCUUCUUUGAAGCAUGAGUUCCUACCAGCAGAAGCAGCCCUUCACCCCACCCCCUGAGCCUGAGCAGCAGCAGGUGAAACAGCCCUGCCCGCAUCCACCUCCACCUCAGGACCCAUUUGUUCCCACAGUUGAGGAGCCAUGCCUUCCAAAGGUUCCACAACUGGACAACACCAAGGUUCCUGAGCAAGGCUAUUCCACACUUCCGGAGCCAUGUCCCAUCAAAGUUACAGAGCCAGUCUACGCCAACGUCCCUCAGCCUGGAAAUACCAAGGUGCCUGAGUCAUACCCCGCAGUGGUCAUUCCAGGCCCAAACCAGCAGAAGGGCAACCAGAAGUAACAUGGUCCACAGCUAUGCCCUUGAGGAACCAACCUCCAGAUAUUGAACACCUUCCUCCCUUUUGUUUCUCUUUCUUCAUUGUGUAUAUCUUGCAAUGAGUAUUUUAUCUCCCUGAGUCACAGCCUCUCUUAUUUGCAUCCUAAAAAUAUGUGCUGUGAAGUUUUCCUUACUCUGAACAGUCCUCUGAGGUCUGAGUUCUGCAGAAGGCCUUAGCAGCUUUACUGGAUCUCAGUUUCUUGGGGUUCAUCUGACGGGAGAACCUGGAUUUGCAGAAAUGCCUCUUUCCCUUUCUACCUCUAUUAAAACUCUUUUAAGCGCA